AGAGAAAACACAUUUCCAAUUUUGAUGACCAAAAAAAUUGUUCUUGCACACACAAACUCAGUCCCAAAUACUCAGGUCAGGAGUUGAGUGUUCUUAUUCUCUAUAUCGCCGUCGAUUUCCGUUUUACAAGAUUCAGUUCAAUUCCUAGACUUCAAUGCCAAUCACAAGCGGAAGUUCUGCGCACUUCGCCGGAGAUUCGUGUUCCUUCCGGCAGAUUUGAGCUCGAAGUCGGCAUUCCUCGUUGCCUGUAGCUUCCGCUGUCUCAUAAUUCUGUUUCUACAUUAUUCUUGCUGCUGGCUUUCUGAGUGUGCGAAAGGGUUUCUGGUCGGUUGCGAACUGGCUAUGGACUACGAGCCGUAUGAUAGUAGCGGAACUGAUGACGAUCUCCCUCCAUCUCACCAGAAUAGAAUUGCAAGAGGAGGAGGCCGUGUUUCAGGGAAUGGAAGAUCAGUUAUGGGUUCUGUCCCAUAUCCCAGGAUAUAUGGUGAAACUGACAUGGAAGCGCAAAUUCAUCAACUUGAGAAGGAAGCUUACAGUUCCGUUCUUAGAGCCUUUAAAGCUCAAGCUGAUGCCCUUACUUGGGACAAAGAAGGUCUAAUCACAGAACUCAGAAAAGAGUUAAGACUGUCAAAUGAGGAGCAUAGAGAGCUUCUAGGACGGGUUAAUGCAGAUGACAUGAUUAGAAGUAUAAGGGAGUGGAGACAGGCAGGUGGACAUCAGCCUGGCAAGCUCAGUACUAGUCAAGCCAUUCAUGAUCCAAUACCCAGCCCUACUGUCUCUGCAUCUCGCAAGAAACAGAAAAUAACCCAUUUGGUUCCUCCACAGUCCUUUACUGGGCCAUCUCCAUCCUUUCACCAACAAAACGUUGCUCCUCCUCAUCAGCCAUCCUCAUCUGUUGCAAAAAGAGGAGCCAUCCCUACAACCAAGGGCAAAAAGCAAAAAUCUAUAUUACCUGGGGCAUCUUCAGCUAAACAAUACCAAGCUUCAGUUCCUAGCGGAAGGAAUCAAGUUGCUAAUAGGGUUUCUUCUGGAGCUAUUGAACCAGCUGACGGAGCAACACUGAAUCCACUUAUUGGGAGGAAAGUGAGAACUAGAUGGCCGGAUGAUAAUAAUUUUUAUGAAGCUGUUAUAACUGAUUACAAUGCUGCUGAGGGACGACAUGCUUUGGUUUAUGAUAUGGGUUCUGCUAAGGAGACGUGGGAGUGGGUGAAUCUCUCAGAGAUUUCUUCUGAGGACAUCCAAUGGGUUGAUGAGGAUCCUGGAGUCCCGCAUCGAGGUGGUUAUGGUGGAUCAGGUCAUGGAAUGAAUCGUUCAGUAGGACGUGAUGGUGUUGCUGGUGCAGGUAGAGGUAGGGGAGUCGCCAAAUCUCAGUCCAGAAAAGAUUUUUUGCCGGCCCAAAAUGGCAUCGGAAAGAAGACAUCUGAUGAUAUACGGAUACUCCACACAGAGACUCUAAUUAGAGAGGUGGAGAGAGUCUUUGGUUCAAAUCAUCCAGAUCCUGUUGAAGUUGAAAGGGCAAAAAAAGUUCUGAAUGACCAUGAACAAUCACUUAUCGAUGCUAUUAAUAGGCUUGGAGAUAUUUCUGAUGCCGGAAGUGACGAAGGUGGCCACCGGUUCUCUCAUGGGCAAUCGAUGGACCGGGAAUGACGGUAGUUGUUUCAAAAUGGAGGUGGUUCACUCUGCAACAGCAUCCUUUUGGUACAAAAGUCAACUGGAUGCGGUAAGCAACUUUUGAGUUAAUUGGGGAGUGACACACACACCUAUCUCUCUCAAAGGCCCCUUUCCUGUAAAAUAACCAUAUGAUUGAGUUGAAUGUUCCUUCGCUUAGGUUAACUUGGGGUUUUUGCUCUCUAUUAGCAUAGAUAUUGUUCUUAGGAGAUGGGGGUUGAUUGUUUUCUUCAUUUUUUUUUCUUUUUGGUAAGAAUUAACAUAGGAAGGCUGUGAUACUUGUGUAACAUUAUUUGAAUAGUGAUUUAAGAUAUGACCCAUGUA